AUGGUUGGAAAUGCUACACAUUGGAUAGGCCUGAGGAAAGUGAAAGGCAAUUUCCAAUGGUUCAAUGGAAAACGCUACAGAUUCGCCUACUGGAAACCAGGUGAACCCAAUGAAGGUGAUGCUGCAUCUUGCGUUGCUACAAAUGCAAUAACUGGCCAGUGGUUAGACUCAACCUGCAACAAAGUUACAGACAAACGCGGUAUUGUAUGUGAAAAACAUGCGCUAGUAUAA